AUGGAAGGCAGGCUUCCGCAGAUCCCUGAGAGCUCUCUCGAAGGCGACAAUGCAGAUGUGGCUGAAAAGGAUAGUGAUAUUAGUAACACUUUGUUCUGGCUCUACAUUCGCGAUGUUGAAUCCUUUGCCUACAGACUUCAAGUUUUUGAGGGAGAGCUGUUUUUCCGUAUCCUAGAUAGGAUUGGGCAGGCCUGUGAGGAUUGUGAGGAUGAAGAGGCAUAUUCUGUUCUGCGAAACUGCUGUAGUGCAUAUGGCGCUAUGAGUGCUCUUGGAUGCUUAGCGACUUAUAGGUCUCAAUGUGUGAUUAAUGGAAGAGUAAAUGGAACGCGAUGCAAGGCUUGGCUGCCCCUCAGCUCUGAACUUCGUAUACUAAAACAUGCCAGAAUUAUUCUAUUGUCAACCCUUGAUCUAGAAAGUCCUUUUCAUACCUCCCCUCAACCGGAACUCACACUAAGUAACAUUGCACAUCGCACCAAGCCCAACCUUCCACGAGCUCAGAAUGGGCAACUAUCUGUUCCUACUAUGACUCUGCUUUAA